UUAAACAUAGAUAUGCUUUAAAAAAAAAAGUACUAGUUACAAGUAAUAGCAGAAAUAAUCAAGUAAUAGCAGUAAUAGCAGGAGUGAUCAGUAAGAGAACAAAUAAUAUACAAUAUGGCAGCUUUAACAUCAACUAAAAGAGCUUUGAGACAAGAAAUUAAGAAUAUUCUUAAAAAUAUAAGCCCAGAAGAAAGAAAGAAGCAAUCUGUAAAUGUGUUUAAAAAGCUAUGCCAGUUAAAACAAUAUCAAAAUAGCAAAAGAAUUUCUUUGUAUUUGAGUACUAAAGAUGAAAUUGACACUUUGCCUAUCUUAAAACAUAUAUUUGAUAUGGAAAAAGAAGCAUUUGUACCGCAAUAUCAUGGAAAAACUAUGGAAAUGGUAAAACUAAAAUCGAUGGAGGAUUAUGAAACAUUGCCACUAACAAAAUGGAAUAUUAAACAACCAAGCAUUACUGAAAAUCAAGAAAAUGCAUUAAAGACAGGUGGAUUAGAUUUAGUAAUUUUACCAGGUGUUGCUUUUACGGUGAAUGGAAAACGUUUGGGACAUGGAAUGGGUUAUUAUGAUAAAUAUUUAAAAAGAUGUUUUCAAAAAAACAUAAAGCCAUAUUUGAUUGCGGUAGGAUUUAAAGAACAAAUACAAGAAGAUGUUCCUGUUAAUGAGAAUGAUGUGCCUGUUGAUAUUGUACUUACUGGAUAAUA